AAAAGGCAGAGCAUAGUGUGUCUCCCAAUUCGGAGUGGGCCCAUGGGCCUGGGUCCCCACAGCUUUGCCGAGAACAGUCGUGAUUCACGGCGACCGUCAGAAUGGUACAUCGAUCGGAGGAUUCUGUUGGAGUUGGUGUUCCUGUAUUUGGUUUUCGUGUGUGGUUCUUACGUGGUUUUUUAGCAGAGUUACCGAGAUGACCCUUGGGUCAGGAGCUUCUGGCAGGAUCAUUUGGCUCAAGGGCAGAGCCAAGAUCCAGGAUUCCUUUGUGGGGCUGAUGAUCUUGGAGGUGCCCAAUGUGACCUUGGUGGCGGAGGCAAGUCUGCCAUAUGACGACUACGUCUCAAUUCAAUCCUUGCAUGCGCGUGCGUGGAAGGCAAUCCUCCUCCCUGCCUUAACCAUUUGGGCGAUCGCUUGGGCUGGCGGACGGCCUUUGUUGAGGAAGACGUUGCCCUUUGGCACGGCGGUGUCUAUUUGCUUGCUUCUGCGCACGCUGGGAGAUUGCAUGGCAGCACCUUGGAACCGCUUCCAAGCAAGCACGGCCAUCGUGACCGUGGUCCUCCUCAUGGAACCAGGCAUCACCUUGGAGCGUUUGAUCCUGAAGUUUCUGCAGCGGCUGGCGGGCACCUGCUGCGGAUCACUUCUGGCCAUCCUGAUGGCCCUCUCCAUUGAGGUCAUGGGUAAGGAUCCGGUGCAGAUCUGCAGCUUUUGCUUCGCCGUCUUCACCAUCUUUGGCACCUUCCAAGUCCUUCGUGGCCACUUGUCCUUCAUGUUCUCGGCCAUGUGCAUCUCCUGUGCAGCGGUGAUGUUUGGCUUCAUGGUCUCUGGCUGGGUGCUGAUCCACGCGCAGGUGGUCUCGGUUUUGGUGGGCGAGAUCAUCUCCUUGGUGUGUUCCCUCUUCUUCGAGCUGGUGCUGGGCGAUCCCUCGGGCGGCCCAUGGUCCCUGGUCCACUUAGUGAAAUCCUGCAAGGAUAUUUUGGAUCAGACCCAUACCGCCGUCGAGCCUGGGGUCGAUUCGCCGUCGAGCCGUCGAGCCGUCGUGCGUAUUCGCAACAGCCCAUGUGUUUGGCGAAGCCAUGGCAAGCACUAAAAACCAGACUCUAGUAUACGACAUUUCACGACAUGAAACUCAUGAAACAACAUGAAACGACUUUCAU